CUCCUCCAUGCCAUCCCCAAUUACGAAAACUCGUAUCAAUUACAAUGGAGAUUUUGUCAGAGCCUCUGUUCUUUCAAACGUGUCAGUUGUGUGACAAGACUUUCACUCAGGAGCACCCAUACAAGCGACACGUCAAUUAUUGCCGCCGCGCUCAGACUCAACGCAAAGGACGCCCAAAGUCUUGUACUUCCUGCAGAAUAGCCAAGACGAAAUGCGACUUUGGUCAGCCAUGUUCGAGAUGCACGAAGAAGGAUCUGCGAUGCGCUUAUGGCCGUACAAUUCGCAAUGGAGCUACGACGACGAUUGAGCAUUACCAGAAUCUCAAUGCUCGGUCAAGCAACGAGCUGGAGGGCGUCAAUGAAUUAGUUUCCUGUGAGCCUCCGAGUGUUUCUCUUGAGUUAGACGAGUUCGCAAGCGACUUCAUCUCGUCGCUGAACACCAUAUCCACCGACCCCUCUGAACUCAUGCCAAAUUCUCUGGACGUUUUUCCGCCCAGCAUCACAAACGAUAUGCAGACUCGCGUGCCGUCGAGAUCGCUCACCUCCAAGGGAGAUCUAACUCGCGUAUCUAAUCGCCUUUCAAGCAUGCAGCACGCGUCGAGAGUCAUCAUGCAGAUGCUUUACGCAUAUCCGCAGAUGAUGCUCCGUCGGCAAACGUUCCCGCCGUUCAUCCAUCCCCAUUGGCAUUUGAAAACUCUCCCUGAGACGUUGGGCAACUGCAUGAGUGUUUCUCAGCUCUUUGCGGCGAGAACACCGGAAACCCAGUCGUUCUUGUGGAGAAUGGUCGCUGCUGAGGAGGGGCGCUUUCGGGAAAAGUUGCAUACGUUCUCUCCUCGUGAGGUGCAUUUGUGUCUGGAGGCUAUGAUUAUCUAUAUGAUGAUGUCGAUGAGUGAACCCGACUCAGAAAGCAAAGACCGAACUUCUAGGCUCUUCGAAACAGCUGAGCUCAUCGGUACCCGAUUCCUCGAUUUCACCGGUAGCUACUCGAACUCUGAAAUAUCUGAGCCAAGUUCAACAUGGCAAGACUGGAUAUUCUCAGAAUCACGCCGCCGAAUGUCCUGUCUCUGGCUUAUCAUAAGCUGCGUGAUAACCAUCGAGAACGGCAGGACGUGCAGUAGCUGUAGCGAUGUGCAGAAUCUUCCUCUCCCGUCGAGCAAACUUCUUUGGGAAGCUAGAAGUCUGGAAGAAUGGCAGACGGAGAAGGCCUUCUUUGAUAUGAGCUGUCGUAUCGUUACAUUAGGUGAGCUUGUUGAAGCGAAAGGAAACGCGGGAAAUCCGGUUGAAGCUCAGAGGUUGCAGAGUUGGGAGAUGGGGAGCGAUAAGAUGACCGCCAUGUUAAAUAUUGCUGUUGAGUUUGUAUGGGGCAACGUUUUAUAACGGUUGACUAUCAUAACCGUUUUUUUAUACUGUAUC